AUGGACCCCCAGGCGCAAGCUGCAGCUGUACAGCUCCUUUAUGAAGCGUUCGGAGAAGCGACGAAAGCAGCAUAUUCGAAAGGUCGGGGCCUAGUUGGUCAGCGUGUUCUAGGCGUGCUUAUUCACGUCGGUGGGCAUACAGCGGCUGCGAUAACCUUCAUAUUGUUCGAUAUAAUCCUCAACUUCUCGGAAGAGUUGACCCACAUCUGGAGGGCGCGGUGGACACCGAUAAAAGUGAUAUAUAUCGUGACACGGUAUUAUGGACUGCUGUUCCUGGUAAUUACCUUCGCUAUGGAGAGACAAGUCCAGACACUCGAGUGCUCUCCUCUCCCCUCUAGUAUCGUGAUUCGAGUGAAUGACUUCGAUCCACGCAGUUGUAAAGGUUAUCAUAUCUUCCUUGUCUGCGGCUGCACGAUUCUGUAUAUCACCGCCGUCAACAUCAUAUUCACCUUCCGAACGUUUGCGUUGUACAAUCGAAGCAAAAAGGUUCUGGCCUUCUUCGUCAUCACUUGUACAAGUGGGUACUACUAUGGUUUCCAUCGUCGAACGUCCCGCUCACUAUAUGUGUUUAAGUUGAGCUUGGGGUACGUCUCCCUCGAAGCGUACAGCCUGUGCACUUUUACGACCAACCUCAUAACAGAUAGAGAUUUAUGGGUCUUGGCGGACGGCCAAUGUGACGUCGGCGAACUCCUUCGUACCAAGCCUAAUGCUUCCUCAAUGGACAGGGGUUCCUGCUUUGCUAGGAUCGUAGACGGCGCUUACUUCUACUUUGUAACAACUCUGUCAAUUGUGGUAUCCGCAGUGUUCAGCAUGUACAAGGAGGGCAUGUACUCCCUCGCCGUCGUCCCAUGGGUCUACGUAGCCUUCUCUUACACCGGAUCACACCUCGUGCUUAAUCUUCGCAAAGCCAUCGAAGAAAUGGAGCCCGGAGCGAUCGAGCAAUCCCGUAGCGCGAUGGACUUCCGCAAACUCGGAGGUAAUACUGGAGUAGCCAUUCUGGUGGAAACAGAGAGGACAGUACAGUGGUACUGA